AUGUGGGAUUCCGGCAGACGCGUGUGUUCCCCUGAACGGCCCAAACCCAGCUCCCUGAGUCCCAGUGAGAGGAGGCAGAGGAAAAAUCACACCAGCAAACUGCGCGAGCUGGCAUUGCUGCUCCCCGUGGCCCUGAACACUGCUACCAAGAAGCUCACCAAGAAGGAGAUUCUGCUGCACGUCCUGCACUAUAUUCAGUAUCUCCAGAGAAGCAUCGAUGUGGCCAAGGCCUUGCUGGAAGUCCACACCUCUGAUGGGGAAGGUGGACCUGGGGGGCUGGGUCGGAACCCAGCCGCAGGCCCAGCACGGCGGAGACACUCCACCCCGUCGAGCUCCCCACACUCUCGUAAGUCCCGUCUCCGGGGAGCCUGCCGGAAGCCUCAGAAGAAGAAGCUGACCCGAGCGUCAGAACGCCAGACCCAGGCCCAGAACCCUCGCCGCUGUCUGGCUCUGGACAAGCCUGAGAAGCAGCUGACCUCAUCCCCCGACCAGAAAGGAGGACAUGGCGGGGGGACCGCCACCCCUCCAAGAUGCCCCGACUCCUGCAGUCACCCCAAACCUGAGUCACCUCCACCUCGAGGUGACAGGAAGGGAGGACGAUCCCAGCUGACGCUGCUGGAAAUGGCUGAGAACAGCGUCCACUGUGACAUUUCAAGCUGCUAUUGCAAACACAGGGCCCAGGACGAUGGGCCUUACUCAGCCUUUGAGGCCCAGCAUGGGGCGGAGAGGAUCCAUUUUCUCAGUAGAACACAGCCCUGUCCCAGGCAGCAGCUGGUGUUCUACGAUCCCAGCGAGGAGGCGGACUCGGAGUCCCUGGACGCGGACCCUUGGUUGCCUGCCUGGAUCCCAGAGGGCAGCCCCCAUGGGAGCCCACUGGCCUUGGGGCCUCCCCAGAUUGGCACCUGCAGUGCGACAGGCCACCCGAGCGAGAUCCUGGGGCUCAGCCCUUCCCUCUUCAGCUCCCCGGGGAAACUGCUGCCAGAACAGAUCUUAGAGGAUGAGACCAAGUAUCUGACCCAGGCUCUCUUGGAAGAAGUGUUCUUAGAUCCUGCGUUGUCACCUUCUGCCUGCGCGCUCGAGGUACCAGAGAAGGACACGCCCUCUGAGGACCCCGAAGACCCUCCCCAUUCCCACAGCCUGUGCCAGUCCUCGGUCUCGCUGGACGGUGGCUACCCCUCCCCGGGUGAGAACAGCAGGGCGCCGUCCAGCCCCAGCUCCGCGGACACAGACACUGACUCUGAGUCAACGUGGCUGCAGCAGGAGGACGCUCGGGCCGUGGGCCUGCAGUCCUCCAGCGAUGAGGACGGAGACUACACGUGGACGCCCACCCGGCGGGCCUCCACCCUGCCCGCAGCCGGGAGAAAGGCCAGGAAGGGCCGGGCAGGCAGGGGCUCCGUGAAGCCCAAGGAGAACAAGAAAGCCCCCCGCCCCACCCAGACAAAGAAGAAGUGUGUCAACGGCUUCAUCAUGUUCUGCAGGAUGAACCGGAAGCAGUACAUCCGAGCCUGCCCUGGGACGGCAUCCACGGCUGCCACCAAGGAGCUGGCCCAGCUCUGGCGGGAGAUGACCCAGCAGGAGCGGAGACCAUAUUGCACCAAAGCCCGCAGGUUCAGCCGCCAGCACAACCGCAUCGUGAAGCGGGGCAGCUCCAGCAGUGAGGACGACGACUGGGAGCCCCCCAAGCCCUUCUACCAGCUGCUGGCUGAGAAGGCCCGUCGCUCCCCGGACCCGGCCCCUCGGCUGCCUCCUCGCCGCCAGUGA